UUGACCUCCUCUCUGUGGGUCAUCAUUGUCCUGAUGGGACCCUCCACUGUCCAGUCGUCUCCAUACCUGAUGAAGUGGUUCACGCUGAGGAGCAGUGGGCCCGGUCCACAGCCCUGGGGGGGGCUGGUGCUGUGGUCCAGCUACAGGGGGGUGUUGGGUCCAGGGGUCCAGUCUGUCCCCAGGUUCUGGUGGAGGACUGUGGUGAGCUAAAGUCCAGGAUCAGAGUACCCUCCAUGGGGGUGCAGUUGUUCUCCAGGAGACGUGUCCUCUGUGGAGCGCUAAGCAAACCUGAGCAAACAGCCAUGGACACCAGGUCUACAGCGUAUAAUGGGUCAGGUUCUGAUUCUGGGGCCAUGGACCGGUUCCAGGUCACAUUCUGACCGGUCCCUUUAUAAACCGGUUGUUGUGAUCUUCUGUGGACCGGGUUCUGAGUGCAGAGCGUGUGAGCCCGGUGUCCUACAGGCUUUUUGGGGAAGUGUGGAGUGAGAGUCAGUUCCUUCCUCAGGAAUCUGCUCUGGUGAAAAGGAGAAGUUCUGCAGAAACAUGAUGAGUGGACAUUUUCACCCACAAGGGAGGAAGAGGAGGAGGAGCAGCCUGGUGUUUCUGGAGAAGCUCAGCAGAAAACCGUUGGGUCCUCCAGAGGCAGCAACCCAGAGAGGAGCAGCUUCAAGCUUCAUCUGAAGGUGUUGAGACAGCUGGAGUGUUGACCUUCCUGUCAAAGAGGCUCUGAAGCUCAGCUAGCAGACGGAAACAUCUCCACCAUGUUCAACGACUUCAUGGAGAAGGACCCGGACCGCUGCGCCCUCUGGAUCAAAGAGAGUCCUCCUGGCUCGGCCUCUGGGCCCCUCAGGUUCAGACGCUGGUUGUUUCCUGCGGUGAUGGUUGCUGUGGUCUUUGUCCUCAUGGUGGUGCUGGGACUCACCAACAGGAAGACCUCGGACCGCCUGUGGUCUGCAGAGGAAGAGGUCUCCAGUCUGGACGCCAGGAUGGAGACCCUGAAUGCAUCUCUGCAGCAGGCUCACGAGUCCAUCAAAGACCUCCAUCCGCUGCAGUGGUCCAUUCAGAACAACAAGGACCGCCUGUCCUCAGUGGAGGCGGCGCUGCAGCAGCUGUCCGGCCUCGACCCGCUGCGCAGGAAGGUGGACGGCCUGAAAUGUUCGCUGGAACGCCUCAUCAGCAACGGCUCAGCCGCCGGACCGUGUUGUCCUCUGGACUGGGUUCCCUUCGGCUCGGACUGCUACUUCUUCAGCCGUCAGACUCUACCCUGGAGCCAGGCCAAGAGCUGGUGUGAGACCAAGGACGCUCACCUGGUGAUCCUGCACACCGACCAGGAGUGGGACUUUGUGACCAAGAACUCGGUUCCUCACCUGUACUGGGUGGGCCUGACUGACGGGAGGACAGGGAAGUGGGAGUGGGUCAACCAGACGCCUUACGUCAUGCAGCGCAGGCGGUGGGUUCCUGGGCAGCCGGACGCCUGGACCGGCCACGGCCUCGGUCCUGACGAUGAAGACUGCGCUCAUCUUCACAGAGAUGGACGCCUGAACGACCGGCACUGCAGCCUCAGCACCCGCUACAUCUGCCAGAAACACAGCAGGGCCACCUGAGCACACCUGUCCACAGGCUCCGCCCCCAAACCGACCGCCGGGUCAGGCAGCGACGCUGCUGUGGACUGGAACCGCUCACAGAACCUCAGAGAGAGGCUGAUGUGAAAGAUGUUUGGGUCUGAGCAGAUGUUCUCUGGUCUGAUGUGGCAUUAAAGGAACAUCUGGAAACUUCA